CCCAAACCUGCAUCUUUACAGGGAAAGCUGGGGGUGGGUGGGUGGCCCAGGCACCAGCUCCCCAUCAGAUGCUACUCAGAUCUGUUCUGUGUUUUUUCCCUCCCAUGCCUGUUUCCCUGGGUGUGCCUGGCCGGGCAGAGGAUAAAUGUCACAGUGAAGAGCGACUUGCCCAUGGUGGUGAGCGGCUCCACAGCGCCGUGUGCUCAGCUGCUGAUCUCGUCCAUCGCAGUGGUUGGAACCGCUGAGCAGAACAGAGGACACAGUGCCAAGUUCUUUGAGUUCCUCACCAAGGAGCUGGGGCUGGAUGCAGACAGGAUUGUUAUCCGUUUUUAUCCGCUGGAACCUUGGCAGAUUGGCAAGAAAGGAACUGUCAUGACUUUCUUAUGAACCGUUCAAGAAGUCCAUUAAAAAGAAACCCUUGUCAAAGGCACAACUCAAGGAUGGCCAGCUCUACCUAUUUGUUCCUAUGCAAAAUUUAUAUCUGUCCUUCUGCCUCUUCCUUCAUGUCAUUCUCUUCUGUUUCCUGCCUGCACACGCAGCCUUUGUUUCACACCCCUGCCCAGAGACAAUGCGGGUACCUGUGAUCUCAAACUGAACGUGAAUCUUUGUGAGUUUUUGUCAGCAGCAGCAUUGCAAUGGCCUUCCUUAUCUGGAUCCAGUUAAUCCAAGUUCUAUAGUCUUUUCUUUUAGCAAUGAAUAGUUCUUUCAGAGCUGUCCUUACCCAUAUACAGAAUACACAGUUAUUUAGAGCACCUGAAAAUUUGGGGCACUGCUGAGUCUUACUAUCCACCUACCCACCUCUUCCUAUCCCUAUCCUGUGGCUCUCCUUUCUCCAGAGAAGAUCUAUUUAAUUUAAAUGUGAAAAAGCCAGCCAGAGCUAUUAGCAGAAUACUGACUCUGUGAAAGAGCCAUUCAAGUAGUAAGGAAAUCAUGUAACAGGCAUUUGCCAAUAUCAGGUCUGUACUGUCAGUUCCUGAAUUUACUGUGUUAUUCAACUGGACCUUAGUUUAAAAUUUGCUUUAAAAUAUUUCAUUAGUGUGUUACUGAAGGUUAUAAAAUCAUAACUAAAUAAUUGUCUCCCCAGUCCCCCACAGCUAUCAUUGGGCAGAGGGGCAGCAGUUUAAUAAAACUGCCUAGGGCCUCAUAAAUCCUAAGAAUGGCC